UAUGAAUCCCUACACAUUUUCAGGAGGUUAGGGAGAUUUCAGAUGAUUUUUAAAACCCCGCUCUAACUUGUUGUUUUUUUUUCUUUCCUGCGCAGUGGAUGGUUUUUGUGCGGCACCCGACGCAGCUUGUAGAGCAGGUGUGAGAGACAGCGGCGACCGCUCCUCUCCUCCCUGUUUCCAAGGGGAAAUGUCGAGCGAGAAGCCGGUUUCAGCACCACCGGGCUCUGCUUCUUCGCUCACGGACACAGACCGAGACUCUCAUCCGCCGCCGGGCUCCUCCGCGCAGCCACCGCCGCAGCAGCAGGUCGCCGCGGCCGCUGGCUCCAGCGCCACCGGGGAAAGGAUGGUGUCUGCAGCCGGCUCUAUGGUCCUCCCGGCCGGGGUGAUCAACCCCGCUGUCCCGAUCAGGAAUAUCCAGAUGAAAUUCGCCGUGCUGGUGGGCCUGAUCCAGGUCGGGGAGGUUAGCAACAGGGACAUCGUGGAGACGGUGCUGAACCUGCUGGUGGGCGGCGAGUUUGACCUGGAGAUGAACUUCAUCAUCCAGGAGGCGGAGAGCAUCGGCUGCAUGGUGGACUUGCUGUCCCACUGCGAAGUGACGUGCCAGGCCGAGAUUUGGAGCAUGUUCACCGCCAUCCUCCGCAAGAGCGUGCGCAACCUGCAGACCAGCACCGAGGUCGGCCUCAUCCAGCAGGUGCUGCUCAAGAUGAGCACUGUGGACGACAUGAUCGCAGACCUCCUGGUGGACAUGUUGGGAGUCAUGGCGAGUUACAGCAUCACAGUCAAAGAGCUGAAGCUGCUCUUCAGUAUGCUGAGGGGAGACAAUGGCAUCUGGCCAAGACAUGCUAUCAAGCUCUUGUCGGUGUUGAACCAGAUGCCUCAGAGACAUGGUCCUGAUACCUUCUUCAACUUUCCAGGACGCAGUGCAGCGGCCAUAGCAUUGCCGCCAAUUGCCAAAUGGCCUUACCAGAACGGAUUCACUAUCAACACUUGGUUCAGACAGGAUCCACUCAACAACAUCAACGUGGAUAAAGACAAACCGUACCUCUAUUGUUUUCGCACCAGUAAAGGAAUAGGUUACUCUGCUCACUUUGUUGGAAACUGUCUCAUCGUGACAUCGUUAAAGUCAAAAGGAAAAGGCUUUCAGCACUGUGUGAAAUAUGAUUUUCAACCCCGCAAGUGGUACAUGAUCAGCAUCGUCCACAUCUACAAUCGCUGGAGGAACUCCGAGAUCCGUUGCUAUGUCAACGGUCAACUCGUCUCCUACGGUGAUAUGGCCUGGCACGUCAACACCAAUGAUAGCUAUGACAAGUGUUUCCUGGGUUCAUCAGAGACAGCGGAUGCUAACAGGGUGUUUUGUGGUCAGCUUGGAGCCAUUUAUGUAUUCAGUGAAGCUCUCAACCCAGCUCAAAUCUUUGCCAUUCACCAACUUGGCCCAGGAUACAAGAGCACUUUUAAGUUCAAGUCGGAGAGUGACAUCCACCUGGCUGAGCACCACAAGCAGGUGUUGUAUGAUGGCAAGCUGGCCAGCUCCAUCUCCUUCACCUACAACGCCAAGGCGACGGAUGCUCAACUCUGCCUGGAGUCAUCACCCAGGGAAAACGCCUCCAUCUUCGUCCACUCACCACACGCACUCAUGCUACAGGAUGUGAAGGCCAUCGUUACUCACUCCAUCCACAGUGCCAUCCACUCUAUAGGAGGCAUCCAGGUCCUUUUCCCUCUCUUUGCUCAGCUGGACUACAAACAGCUCAAUGACAGCAGCGUGGACACCACAGUCUGUGCCACUCUGCUGGCGUUCCUGGUGGAGCUGUUGAAGAGCUCAGUGGCCAUGCAGGAGCAAAUGCUGGGAGGGAAGGGCUUCCUGGUGAUUGGAUACCUGCUUGAGAAGUCGUCACGAGUCCACAUUACCAGGGCGGUACUUGAACAGUUCCUGUCUUUUGCCAAGUAUCUGGAUGGUUUACCUCACGGAGCGCCUCUCCUCAAACAGCUCUGUGACCAUGUCCUCUUCAAUGCUGCCAUCUGGAUACACACCCCUGCCAAGGUCCAACUAUCCCUCUACACAUACUUGUCAUCGGAGUUCAUUGGCACCGCCACCAUCUACACCACCAUCCGCCGUGUCGGCACCGUCCUGCAGCUGAUGCACACUCUUAAGUACUACUACUGGGCCAUCAACCCGCUGGAGUGCAGUGGAAUCACCCCCAAAGGUCUUGACGGACCACGGCCAUCCCAAAAGGAGAUCAUCUCGCUCAGAGCCUUCAUGCUUCUCUUCCUCAAACAGCUCAUACUGAAGGACCGGGGCGUGAAGGAGGAUGAGCUACAGAGCAUUCUCAACUACCUUUUGACCAUGCAUGAGGAUGAGAAUAUCCAUGAUGUGCUCCAGCUGCUGGUAGCUCUUAUGUCUGAACACCCAGCGUCCAUGAUCCCUGCAUUUGACCAGAGAAAUGGAAUAAGGGUAAUCUGCAAGCUCCUGGCCUCUAAGAGCGAGAGUAUCCGAGUCCAAGCCCUCAAAGUCCUGGGCUACUUCCUCAAGCACCUUGGUCACAAGAGGAAGGUAGAGAUCAUGCACACGCACAGUCUGUUCACACUGCUGGGGGAGAGGCUGAUGAUGCACACCAACACUGUUUCCAUCACCACUUACAACACUCUGUACGAGAUUCUGACAGAGCAGGUCUGUACUCAGGUGGUUCACAAACCCCACCCUGAGCCCGACUCCACUGUCAAGAUCCAGAAUCCCAUGAUUCUAAAGGUAGUGGCCACCCUGCUGAAGAACUCCUCUCCCAGUGCUGAGCUGAUGGAAGUCAGGAGACUCUUUCUUUCUGACAUGAUAAAACUCUUCAGUAACAGCCGCGAAAACCGUCGCUGCCUGCUGCAGUGCUCUGUGUGGCAGGACUGGAUGUUCUCCCUCGGAUACAUCAACCCCAAGAACCCUGAGGAGCAGAAAAUAACGGAGAUGGUGUACAACAUCUUUAGGAUCCUGCUCUACCAUGCCAUCAAAUACGAAUGGGGAGGGUGGAGAGUCUGGGUUGAUACCCUGUCCAUUGCACACUCCAAGGUGACCUACGAAGCCCAUAAAGAAUACUUGGCAAAGAUGUAUGAAGAGUACCAGCGUCAGGAGGAGGAAAACAUGAAGAAGGGGAAGAAAGGCUCUGUGUCCACCAUCUCUGGGCUCUCCGCCACGCCUGCCCCUGUUGUUAACGGCAACCUGGAGAUAGAUGACAACUCCCAGACGCAGACACCUGAGAGUGAGGCCGAGUACAGCGAGGGAGCUGGCGGAGACUCGCGCAACCUCCUCGCUGAAGGCACUGUGAAGCGACCCAAUGGAGAAGCCCUCACACCUGGGGAGCAGACCGCUGGUCCAGGGGUGAGGGUGGAGGUCCAUGACCUGCUGGUAGACAUUAAAGCAGAGAAAGUAGAGGCCACGGAAGUGAAGUUGGAUGACUUGGACUUGUCUCCAGAAGGCCUUAGUGGGAGUGUAGGUGGAGGAGGUGGGGGAGGAAUAGAAAACGGACCUUUGGUAGAGGUGGAUUCUCUCCUGGACAGUGCUUACUGCGCCGUAGUUCAAAACCUAAAUGGGAAUCUGGCACCAAAAGAUGACACGCCAGGCUCAGGGGUUGGGAUGGGGUCAAGCCUGGGGCUUUCAGGGGUCAACCUGGAGGAUGACGGGAACAUGGGUCCGCUCAUCACAUUGGCUGAUGAGAAGGACAGUGUCCCGAGCAACAACGGAUUUCUCUUCAGCAAGGUUGAUGAGAAGCUUCUUCCAGCACUGGCAGCCACAGACCCACUUGUACUGCCGAGUCCAGACCAACCUACUCCAUCCGGCCCGGUCCCAGCUCACUCCACCACCAGUGCCAGUGAUGACCUCAGCCUGCUAGCCCACAUGACUAGCUGCGGCUCUGAUUUAACACAAACCCAGAGCCACACUUCUGGGGAACUUCCGGAGGAUGGGCCCUUCAAAAUCCAGAGCCCUCUUGCUGACAUCAGCUCCAUUGCUGAGGCUGAGAGCCAAACCCAGAUCCAAGGAGCUUCGAGACCAGAUUUCCCAGAGGGAGAGGGCACAUCCGGGGCAGAGGGGGAGGCUGCAGGUCUUAAAACUGGGGGAGACACAGCCAGCACCACCUCUGAUACAGAGAGGUCGGAUGAUGGGAAAGACAAGGACACAAAGAAGAUCCAGACUACUGCAACCACUCAGGCCCUUCAUGGUCGUACUGCAGCCCAGUUGGAGCGGGACCUACGCGUUGAUCUGGGUUUCAGGGGAAUGCCCAUGACAGAGGAGCAGCGCCGGCAGUUCAGCCCCGGCCCACGCACGACCAUGUUCCGCAUCCCAGAAUUCAAGUGGUCUCCAAUGCACCAGAGGUUGCUCACUGACCUGCUGUUCGCCCUGGAGACUGACGUGCAUGUGUGGAGGAGCCACUCCACUAAGUCAGUGAUGGAUUUUGUGAACAGCAAUGAGAACAUCAUCUUCGUCCACAACACGAUCCACCUCAUUUCUCAGAUGGUGGAUAACAUCAUCAUCGCCUGUGGAGGCAUCCUGCCUCUUCUGUCUGCUGCCACCUCCCCUUCUAAUUCUAAGAGUAGUGCCAACACUACGGAGUUGGAGAACAUCGAGGCGACACAGGGCAUGUCCUCAGAGACAGCGGUCACCUUCCUGUCUCGUCUCAUGGCCAUGGUGGACGUGCUGGUUUUUGCCAGCUCCCUCAACUUCAGCGAGAUUGAAGCAGAGAAGAACAUGUCGUCAGGAGGGCUGAUGAGGCAAUGCCUCCGUCUGGUAUGUUGCGUGGCAGUGAGGAACUGUCUGGAGUGCAGGCAGAGACAGAGAGAUCGGAGCUGCAAGUCCUCCUUAACCAGCAGCAAGUCACAGGACAGCCUCCACAGUGCCUCCACCACCAGCAAGCAGGAUCCAGACAGACUCCUGCAGGAUGUAGACAUCAAUCGUCUUCGAGCUGUGGUUUUCAGAGAUGUGGAUGACAGUAAGCAGGCUCAGUUUCUGGCGCUGGCAGUGGUCUACUUCAUCUCAGUUCUUAUGGUAUCUAAGUACCGGGACAUUUUGGAACCCCAGCGAGAGAUCGGUAGGUCUACCAGCCUAUCAGGGAGAAGCAUCCGCCAUGAAAUCAACUCCCCAACCAGUACAGAGCACCCAUCCACAGCUUUCUCCGACCGUGACAAACAGACCCCCACCCCAGUGGACGACUCUCCGCGGGCCGGCCUCCCCCACACAGACUCAGGCAUCGGAGAGGAGGGCCAUGUCGCAGGAUCCCUGAAUGGCUCGGAGAUGGGUUUGGGGCUCGGCCUCGGCCUGGUGGGGAGAGAGACAGACAGAGACAGAGACAUGGUAGGAGUGGGAGGGGGAGGGGGAGGAGGCACAGAUCUGUUGUGUAGCCUGUCUGAUGUUAGGAGGUCACAGGAGAGCCUUCUGGAUUCUCCGCACAACCCCUGUUCCAACCCCAACUCCAGUCAAGCCCCGCCUUCGUCCAUCUCCAGCAUCAGCCAAACAAACAAAGGCAUCAAUGUUAAGGAGAUCCUGAAGAGCUUGGUGGCGGCUCCAGUUGACGGUGGGGACUUGGGACAGGAGUCUGGACCGACGCCCUAUCACCCAGACCCUGCCCUGAAGACACACCCCAUGCUGCCAAUGCAGUUCCACUCUUUCGACAGGAGCGUUGUGGUUCCAGUCAAAAAGCCGCCACCUGGCAGCCUAUCAGUCAACACAGUGGGCACUCCCACCACUAGUGGAGCUGCCACCGCUGGCAGCACACCCAACAUUUUUGCUGCUGCAACAGCAACACCCAAAAGCAUGAUCAACACUACAGGUGCCACAGAUUCUGCCUCCUCCUCCUCCUCCUCCUCUUCGUCAUUUGUCAACGGUGCGACUAGUAAGAAUCUGCCAGCAGUACAGACGGUGGCACCCAUGCCAGAAGACACUAUGGAGAACAUGAGUGCCUAUUGUGAGGUGGCGCAGUGUGCGCUGCGCAGCGGUCAGACGCCCCCUGAGCUCAAGUCUUUUAGCUCUCUGGCAGGCUUCCAGGCAGCUCCCCGAGAUGCAGGACAGUGUUUUAGCAUCACCACCAAGCUGGAGCGCGCUCUGGAGAAGGUGGCCCCCCUGCUGAGGGAGAUUUUUGUGGACUUUGCCCCCUUCUUGUCUAGGACACUGCUGGGUAGCCAUGGGCAGGAACUGCUCAUAGAAGGUCUGGUGUGCAUGAAGUCUAGCACGUCUGUGGUGGAGCUCGUAAUGCUGCUCUGUUCUCAGGAGUGGCAAAACUCCAUUCAGAAGAACGCCGGACUGGCCUUCAUUGAGCUCAUCAAUGAGGGAAGACUUCUGUGCCAUGCCAUGAAGGAUCAUAUUGUGCGUGUUGCUAAUGAAGCAGAGUUCAUCCUGAACAGACAGAGGGCGGAGGAUGUUCACAAACAUGCUGAAUUUGAGUCUAACUGUGCCCAGUAUGCUGCGGACCGGAGAGAGGAGGAGAAAAUGUGUGACCACCUCAUCAGUGCCGCUAAACACAGAGAUCAUGUGACCGCUAACCAGCUGAAACAGAAGAUCCUCAACAUCCUGACCAAUAAGCAUGGAGCAUGGGGGACAAUGUCACAGAGUCAAUUACACGACUUCUGGCGCCUAGACUACUGGGAGGACGACCUGAGGAGGAGACGGAGAUUUGUGCGAAAUGCCUUUGGAUCCACUCACGCGGAUGUGUCACUCAAAGCUCUCGAGGAUUACGGUACGGAAGAGGAGGAGGAGGGGCUUAAGUCGAAGAAGAAUUUCCGCAGCCAAUCGGUGGUCGCCCAGAACCCAGAGGCGGAGUUAAUGCUGGAGGGAGACGAUGAUGCUGUCAGCCUGCUGCAGGAAAAAGAGAUUGAUAACCUUGCUGGCCCCGUGGUUCUGAGUACUCCAGCUCAGUUGGUAGCUCCAGUGGUGGUGGCUCGAGGCACUCUGUCCAUCACGACUACUGAGAUCUACUUUGAAGUGGAUGAAGAGGAUCCUACAUUCAAGAAUACCGACGCUAAAGUACUGGCCUACUCAGAGGGUCUGCACGGAAAAUGGAUGUUCAGUGAGAUCCGAGCUGUGUUCUCCCGGCGCUACCUGCUGCAGAACACCGGACUAGAGGUUUUCAUGGCCAACAGAACGUCUGUGAUGUUUAACUUCCCUGACCAGGCCACAGUCAAAAGGGUGGUCUACAGUCUCCCACGGGUGGGGGUAGGAACGAGUUACGGCCUGCCACAGGCCAGGCGGAUUUCCUUGGCCACCCCUCGUCAGCUCUUUAAGUCGUCCAACAUGACGCAACGCUGGCAGAGGAGAGAGAUCUCCAACUUUGAGUACCUCAUGUUCCUCAACACUAUUGCAGGGAGGACCUAUAAUGAUUUGAACCAGUACCCUAUCUUCCCCUGGGUCUUGACCAACUAUGACUCAGAGGAGCUCGAUCUCACACUACCUGGAAACUUCAGAGACCUCUCAAAGCCAAUCGGUGCGCUAAAUCCCAAGCGGGCGGCGUUUUACGCAGAACGCUAUGAGACGUGGGAAGACGACGGCACGUCUCCUCACCACUACACAACCCUAUACUCCACUGCUCAUUCAACACUGAUGUGGAUGCUCAGAAUAGAGCCCUUCACCACAUUUUUCCUCAACGCCAAUGACAGCAAGUUUGACCAUCCAGAGAGAUCCUUUUCCGGCAUUGGCUGCUCGUGGAGGAACUGCCAGAGGGACACGGCUGAUGUAAAGGAGCUCAUCCCAGAGUUCUACUACUUGCCUGAGAUGUUUGUCAACAGUAACGAGUAUGAGCUCGGUGUGCGUGAUGAUGGAGUUCCCGUGUGUGACGUGGAGCUUCCUGCCUGGGCCAAGAAACCCGAAGACUUUGUCCGCAUUAACCGGAUGGCGUUGGAGAGCGAGUUCGUGUCAUGCCAGCUUCACCAGUGGAUUGAUCUAAUAUUUGGCUACAAGCAGCGAGGGCCAGAAGCGGUCCGAGCUCUCAACGUGUUCGACUUCUUGUCCUACGAGGGAGCAGUCAACCUAGAUAAUCUAGAUGCUGCGCAACGUGAGGUCAUUGAGACCCAGAUUCAGGCGUGUGGUCAGGUCCCCUCCCAGCUGCUGAUUGAGCCACACCCACCUCGCUCCUCCGCCAUGCAUCUGUGUUUCCUUCCCCAGAGCCCUCUGAUGUUUAAGGAUCAGAUGCAACAGGAUGUCAUCAUGGUGCUCAAGUUCCCCUCCAACUCCCCCGUCACUCACGUUGCAGCCAACACGCUCCCCCACCUCAGCAUACCAGCAGCUGUCACCGUCACAUGUAGCCGACUGUUUGCCGUCAACCGCUGGCACAACACAGUUGGCCUCCGUGGAGCUCCAGGAUACUCCCUAGAACAGGCUCAUCAUCUACCCAUUGAGAUGGACCCUCUCAUAGCAAACAACUCAGGCGUGAACAAGCGUCAGAUCACUGACCUGGUGGACCAGAGCAUCCAAAUCAACACACACUGUUUUGUGGUUACCGCUGACAACCGCUACAUCCUGGUCUGCGGCUUCUGGGACAAGAGCUUCCGUGUUUACUCCACUGAAACUGGAAAACUGACUCAGAUAGUUUUUGGCCACUGGGAUGUAGUGACAUGUUUGGCCAGAUCAGAGUCCUACAUCGGAGGAGACUGCUAUAUCGUGUCAGGCUCCAGAGAUGCCACUCUUCUUCUCUGGUACUGGAGUGGAAGACAUCACAUUAUCGGGGACAACCCUAACAACAGUGACUACCCUGCUCCCAGGGCAGUACUGACAGGACAUGACCACGAGGUGGUGUGUGUGUCUGUCUGUGCAGAGCUGGGAUUGGUCAUCAGCGGAGCUAAAGAGGGCCCGUGCCUGGUCCACACUAUCACAGGAGAUCUGCUUAGGGCCCUGGAGGGGCCAGAGCUGUGUCAGCGGCCCCGUCUCAUCUCAGUGUCCAGUGAAGGCCACUGCAUCAUCUACUACGAGAGAGGCCGCUUCUGCAAUUUCAGCAUAAAUGGAAAACUGUUGGCACAAAUGGAAGUCAACGAUUCCACACGGGCAAUCCUGUUGAGUAGCGAUGGGCAGAACUUGGUGACAGGAGGCGAUAACGGUGUUGUGGAGGUGUGGCAGGCGUGCGACUUCAAACAGCUUUACAUCUACCCAGGCUGUGACGCAGGCAUCCGUGCCAUGGACCUCUCACAUGACCAGAGGACUCUGAUCACUGGCAUGGCGUCCGGCAGCAUUGUGGCGUUCAACAUAGACUUCAACCGCUGGCACUACGAACACCAGAACAGGUACUAAGGUGGACAGCGUGAGGAAGAGGAAAAUGGAGAGAGUAGAGAAGAACAAGAGGGAGAGGAGGUGAUGCAUUCUGCUCUGUAUCUGCAACGCAAGGGAAACUACAGGUACCGAGGGGGAGGAUAAACUAGUUCCGGACCUUAGGCUCUAUUCCCUUGUGAAGUUUACUUGAUUUGAGGAUGCAGCAGCACUGGUGGAAAUAACUUCCUCUGUGCACACGUGUACGUACAAACACGUGUGUAACCACAGACACAUAAUACCCCGAAGAUACACACCAAAACCUGCUAAUAAAAUAGACAGACUGCAGAACGGAGAAAAAGAGCAAGUCAAGCUGACCUUGUAGAGGUCAUCAUACCCGUACCACUCACAGGACUGGUUGCAGUUGCCGCUCCUGGUACGCUUAAUGCUUCACAGACAAAGAACCUGAGUUUUGCUUUCCCUUAUGUCUUUCUUCUUUAUGAAUUUUGUUCUUUACUUUUCGUUUGAGGGGAGUUCUGGGAAUUAUUUGGGUGGACUAUAAAUUAGGACUCCUUCAAUGUGUCUAAACUGAUUAGAAAUGGUCAGAAGUGAACCAGCCCCACCCACUGCUCAAAAACCGGUGCUAUUGGCUUGAUCUUAAAUUCACCCUUGAAAAAUUGCCUGGGGGUUAUGAUUUUGUUUUAUUUUAUCUGGUUUUAUUUUAUUUUAUAAUGUUUAUUUUAUUUUUAUUUUCUUUUACCUGCAGCAGGGUUAAAUCUGAUUUUUAUGUAAAUAAGACUCUGCUUCCGUCAGAGUCUACACGUGUUCUUUCACUACACAAACUGCGCUUAUCACCUUUAAUUUAUUAAUGACUUGCUGUAUGUAAAAUAUUGUGUAAUAAUUAUUAUAAUGUUGACAAGACUGAUGGUAAUAACGGCGGUGUCAAGGAUGGUGAUAAUUUUGCCGGAGAUGGUAUCGAUAAAGAGAUCUUGCCAGUGCCACCAAUGAUGAAAAACACAAGACUGACAUGAUUUCCUUUGUAUAUUUGGUGAUUGUUUUGUCAAAUAUGUACAUAUAGUCUUGGUUCAGGCUUGGUGGAAGACUUAAUCAGCUGAAUAAGACUGAAAGAGCAAAGGAAACCUUCACUUACCCACAUUUGUUGAUUAUUUAAAAAAGAAAAUCAAAUCAAUGUAAAAGUUUGUUUUGUAUUUGCACUUUGCACCAAUCACAUAUCAUUAUUUAUUAGCUUGGUUCUUUCUGGUCGGCUGCCAUUUUGUUUAGGUCCAUUUUCCCUACGGGAUUAUUUGUGCAUUGAUGUUUGUAUUUAAAACGUUGAGCUCAUGUGUGAUUAUUAGGUUUUACAACCUCACAGUUGUAAGCAAUAUCAUGAUUCUGUAGCUGAUAGAGGUGGGAAGGAGGGAGGAGAGGGGAUGUAAUGUGAGAUGUACUGUAUGUGUGAAGCCAUCUUGAUCAAAUGCGCACAUGCACAUACUCUAUCGACAGGUUCAACUUACGUAUCCAAAAAAAGGUUAAAUAUUUUUGGAUCUAUGAAACCCUAAAAACUAUUGUAUUCAUGUUUUAUUGCAAAGAUGUAAAAUAUGACAUGUGUGAGUUGAA